AGGUUUGGUAAUUUGGUAAUAUAUAUUUCAGCUAUCUUUAAUCCACGUAAUACUAUAUUACGGUAAUGUUAUGGAUUAAACACAGGGUUGUAAAAUAUUGAUUAGCCCGUCUUUCUUUCUUUAGAAGAUGGAAAUCCAGAUGUUGUUUGCAAAGCCAUAAAAACAAUUUAAAAGAGAAAUAAAACCCCAAGGUCUCGUUUGUCGAGGUUCUUUAUGCCCUAAGUAAAUUCUAAAACCCAAACACAUUUUUUGAACUUAAUCAGACAUAUUAGUCACUAAUUUGAAUUCAUGUUUUAAAUUUCCCAACCAGUUCUUAAUCACCCGUAGUCUUGAACAUAUUAUUAAAAGUUAAUUUGGUUUUUAAAUAAGAUAUCUCUUUAUAAUUGUAUUAUAAUGUGCCCUCUGAGUAUUCUCAAAUCCCCGUGUUGAUUACAUGCCAGAAGGUCAUCCUCUCAUUUAACAGAAUUCCUGUUAACGAACAAAGACUAUUCGUUAAGUAAACUGGAAAAUAUCCACAAUCUCAGGAAAGGAAUGCAUGUCGGUUGCCCAACUCCAAGCGAGGAGAGAGGGCCUUUUUUCUUAAAGAAAUCAUCUUGACGUUUUACAGAGCCAAUUACAAAGUUUUAAAUUUGACUAACGGGUAAUUUAAAAGUAAUUUAUAAAUAUCGAUUUGUCAAUAGUAUUUGGGUAACGUUUUGUAAAGACUGGCGCGGGAACUGGGCAAGCGGAUUACUGGGGCUUGGAGAAAGCCUCGGGUAGCCCGCUAGUGUAUUGGGGGUGAAAAUUGACUCGGAUUAAAAACUGAAAAGACGAUAGAUAAACACAGUGAACGUCAAACGAAGGUAGCCUUACCCCUAAAGUUACCGUUAUCUCGACAAAAGGUGUCAGUGUUCCAAAGUGAUUACUGCAUUUAUUAACAUUACAGAGGUUUCAAGGGAAACAUGUAGAAUUUAUUCACAGUAAAGAGCGAGAGUUUGCUCCGGAAGUAUGUACUGGGACAAACCGAGCGGAGACCGGAGGUCGCCGAGGUCACCCAAGCUGCUGACCCGGAAGACGAAGUCUGCGCGAGAGCUUUACCGCCCCGCCAUCAAAGACCUGUGUGAGGAAACCCGUAAUGUGUACCCGUAUCCAGAUGAAAAUACAGUGCCCUUCCCUGUACCAGGUCCGGCCAUUAGCGAACCAGAUUUGUAUGAAAGGGUACUUACAGACAGGGAAGGUUCUGAAAACACACCGGAAGUAACGAAAGUACAUCCAGCGUUCUCAAUCAAUCAGCGCAUACAGGCCGCGGUCAUUGAGGCGGACUGUUACCGGAACAGGAUGCCGACGUCAGCAUCGAACCGACUGCGCCUGCUCAGCACGUUUAAGCGCCCUAGAAGUGUGGACAGUUACUUUGCGCCGCCUCCCCAAAACGACGGCCACCUAGACCAAAGUAUUCAAAUAACAAACUUACCCAACAUGCAUCACUCACAUAAACCUUACCGGAAAAGAACUGCACCAAUACAAAGCGACACAACACACGUGUAUGAGAAUUGUCACCGGCCGCAAAUUCGUCAUGUUGUUCAAAAUGGAACGAUGCUAUCAGACGGAACUUGUGGGAAAAUGAACGGUUUCCACGAGUACCUAAUAAGUAAACACCCCUCAGUGAAGCAGAGAAUAUCCUCGUGGCUAACCGACGGACUAAAAGUACAGAGCAUAAGACUAAAAAACUCCAAGCGAGAAAUGACAUCAAGACAUAAGCCCACGGGAAAACUGAGGAACAACAUAACGGAACGAAAACUGUUCAUUCACAGAGACUUGUCCGAACAGGAAGCGGAAGGAGAGGAAAUCGAAAGCAAGAUUUUUGAACUUCGGAUCUCCUCUAUACAGCCCUCUGGGUGAUAGGGCAUGUUUUAACAUCGGUCAUCAAAUGUUCUGGUGUUUUUGUUGUUGUUGAGAAUAUUUUAUUAUCGUGUUUGCUGGGCAUAAUGUUUAACUUUAGUUCACUAUAUCCGUGGAAUGUGACAAUUCCAAAGAAGCUUAGCAGACGUAUUCGGUGUUUGUUAUAGAUUUACACAGAAUUCAUUUAUAUUUUUGCGUAGAUGGGAGAUUAUCUAUUUUUAAAAAAUCUUGCUUUAUGUAUUAUAGUUACAGACAUAAACUGUUAACAGUUGUUAAAAUAGACCUUUAUUCUAUCUGGUGUCUUGCAGAUUCCCUGCACUGGAAUAUUUUAAUAGAAUUAUGAGAAACAAACUGCAGACGCAGAUAGAUUGAAGUUUUACAUGUAUCUAUAUAUGUCUAUAAAUGAGAAUAGAGAAAAUUAUUAAAGGGUCUGGGUUAUUGAUUUAAAAAACAACUUGCAAAUGUUUCUUGCUUUGACCUCAAUCUCAUACCGAGUAUGCCAGAACAUGAUGAUAAUGGUUACGUCACGAGAUGAUGGGAUUGAAAAAGCAUAUCUACUUCAGUGGGCUUGAGAAAAUGACAGUAAAAAGUUGUAAGUUUGGAAAGAUCUUUCUUGGCAUGCAUGUCAGUAACAAUUACAUGAAGACAGCUGUUAAAUUAGAUUUAUAAAUUUAUCUUUUAUAUAAAAUAAAGCAUGCCUUUAAACAUUA